GUGGAGGAGCGGAUGUGAGAGGCGCUUGUAAAGUCCACACCGUAAUUAGCCGCGGACAUAUCAACAGGAAUAAUCGGAUUAUGAGGAUUUGAGGAGAAGAAACCGCUCGAAUCCGGGAUUAAAUCAGGCGCCUUCCACCCUCUUCCGCUCCUCCGGUGUCGCCGCUGUUAUGGGGAUAGACCGGCGGCGGAGAGCGUCUCUGGCUCUCACCUUGAACUUCUUGGCAUUGUUCCUGGCUGUGUCAGCUCUUGGAACCAGCCACUGGUGCGCCGGGACCCGGAAAGUGGUGAAGCCGUUCUGCACCGGCCCGGUAACAACCAAGCAGUCCUUCUGCAUCAGGUUCAACAGCUCAAACCUGAACGACACGCGGCUGGUGCAGUACAUCUGGGAGACCGGGGAGGACAAGUACGUGAUGAGGAAGUUUCACACCGGGAUCUGGUUCUCCUGCGAGCAGAACAUCAACAUGACCGGUGAAAAUUGCAGAAGUUUCAUCUACGUUGCACCUGCAAAUGAACGAGGAGUGCUGUGGCUGUGCAUCGUCGCUGAGUGCCUGUACAUCCUCCUCCUGGCCACCGGGGGCAUCCUCAUGUCGAUAGAAGUGUGCCAGUUUGGCAACGUCAUUGACGGCCUCAAGCUGAAUGCCUUCGCAGCGAUUUUCACCGUGCUCUCAGGUCUGCUGGGGAUGGUGGCCCACAUGAUGUUCACUACAGCUUUCCAGCUGACGGUCAGCCUGGGCCCAGAAGACUGGAAACCUCAGACAUGGGACUACAGCUGGUCAUACAUAUUAGCGUGGAGUUCAUUCACAGCGUGCAUGGCGUCCUCUGUCACCACCAUCAACCGUUACACCAAAACCAUCCUGGAGUUCAAGCACAAGCGAAGGAACAUUGAGAAGAACCUAAAGAUCAAGCAGAAGCUAUUGGAGCUGGACGCUCCGGAGCAGGUGUGGGACAUGUAUAUCAGCUCUGUGCCAAGUACUGCAGAGGAGCUGCUGGACCUCUCGUCCAACGGCCACAAACUCUCCAACACCUCCAUCUUCUUGGACCUCAAUGACCUACCCGACCCACAAGGAGAGGAGUACUGCUAGAUGAGCUCCUUGUAGCAUCUGAAAGCUCCACCAUGCCAUCGCCAUGGUUACUAUUCUACAGUGAGGUAGUUACUUUUUAAAAAUUGAAGCUAAUUUUCAUCCAAACAGAAGAAUGAACAAGUUUCCCCAAGAAAUAACAUAAAAAUCAUGUAUUUAAGUCAUGGAAACCUCCGACGCUCACUGCCCAAAGGUUGUACAAUGUCAAAUUUUCUGGAUAAAGUCAAACUCUUACUUUAGUUUACGUUUAUUAUCCAGCAGUUGACUUCUCUUUACACUUGUAUGAUAGCAAAAUUCUGUUUUUAGUUCAUUACCUGACCACAUGUCUGUGUUUUUAUACAAUACAAUACACGAAUACAUCCUACUUGGGAUCUCACUAUCCCACCUGCGAAAUGAAGCGUUCUGUAGAAGCAUAUUUGGGAAUAGAUACCAGGUGAUAUAAGUGACUUGUGUGGGUCAGCGAAGACUCGCCUGACUUCUGUGCAGGCAGCGUGGGUUCAGUCCCAGCUCAAUGAUGGUGUAAAUGGUCUGUCUCAUGUGUCAUGUGACCAGCCCAGGGCGUCGUCCACCUUUCACUGCAUCCACCUUUCACAGCAUAGGCUCCAGCGCCACCCUGUUCCUAAGGAUGGAUUUUUUUUAUUUUUAUCACUUUAAUCAGGUUGCUUUUUAUACAUUAUAUACAGUGCGUCCGCUUAAUUUUUUCCACAUUUUGUUAGAAGAAGAUGGAUGGAGGGACGGACACUCACCUAGCACAAUCAGAGUUGCGCAACACUUAAGAUAUGCGUGGAAAAUUACUGGGAGACACACAAUAGAUGCAAUGUUCUCACUCACACCAGUUUUACUUUCACUUUCACACAGACUUGGUUUACACUUUCGGGGCACACGGGCUUAAGUUUCACUUUCUGGGGGGGUGCGGCUACUGGUAUAUAUACGCUGUGUACUUACAUCGAUAGUGUACAUUUUGAGAAGGCUGUAACGCAACAAAAUGUGGAAAAAGUGAAGCGCUGUGAAUACCUUCCGGAUGCACUGUACAUUUUACUGUACAUUUAGAAGCCUGUAAUAACAAUGCAGGGCAAUAAAAGGCUCUUGUUUACCGUCUUUGACUACACUGAAGACCACAUUAUUCUUACUCAGUGUGAAAGUUCUCAGUGUUUCUGAAUUGUAUAUUUAUGUCAUUAUAAUAUGAAUUGCAAAACUUUUAUUUCUCAGUGUUAGAUAUUCCAAUGCGCACAUUCAUACCUCAUUCAAAUAAUGUGUAAAAUACUCAAUAAACGUGUUAUUUCUACAUGUGCUCUAGUACCGUAAUGGGUAAGAAAAGUGUGUGAUGUGACAAGUGUAUUUUAAAUUGAAAGUGCCAAAGUUCAAGUAAAUAGCUGCAAAUACUGUAGAUUCCAAUGAAAUAUAUAAAAAUGUACUAUGAUGUUUUUUUGGGGAAACUGGGGAAAAGGAGAGACUUAUUAUGUGAGCAUUUAUGUAGCAAAUAAAAAGGUUCAA